AUGGGCUGUUGGCCCCUCCCUUCUGCAGAAGCAAUGGGAGCUGGAACCAUGCUGCUGUGCCCUCUGGCCCUCAUCCUCACUUUGGUGGCAGCUUCCAACACUGUAGGUGAUGUGAAGGAUGUUUGUGUUGGAACCCCUGGUGUCCCUGGCACUCCUGGAUCCCACGGUCUGCCAGGAAGAGAUGGGAGAGAUGGUAUCAAAGGAGACCCUGGACCUCCAGGCCCCAUGGGCCCCCCUGGAGGAAUGACAGGUCUCCCUGGGCGCGAUGGGCUAAAUGGAGCCCCUGGUGUUGCUGGAGAGCGUGGAGAGAAGGGCGAGCCCGGAAUGAGGGGUCCUCCAGGGCUCCCGGCUUAUCUAGAUGAGGAGCUCCAAGCCACACUCCAGGACCUCAGACAUCAAAUCCUGCAGUCAGCAGGAGUCCUGCUGUUGCAGGGAUCCAUGCUGGCAGUGGGAGAGAAGGUCUUCUCCACCAACGGGCAGUCAGUCAAUUUUGAUGACAUCAGAGAGUCAUGUGCCAGAGCAGGUGGCCACAUUGCUGUCCCGAGGAGUCCAGAGGAAAAUGAGGCCAUUGCAAGCAUUGUGAAGAAGUAUAACACGUAUGCCUACCUGGGCCUGGCCGAGGGCCCCACCCCUGGAAACUUCCACUACCUGGACGGAGCCCCUGUCAACUACUCCAACUGGUACCCUGGAGAGCCUAGGGGGAGGGGCAAAGAGAAGUGUGUGGAGAUGUACACAGAUGGGCAGUGGAAUGACAAGAACUGUCUGCAGUACCGACUGGCCAUCUGUGAGUUCUGA